AAAAUUACUGCAAAGCCUUUUAAAAAAGCUAAGCACCAAUUAGCCUGUUUGUUCCUUAAGUUAGUUUUUCUAAUGUAGAUUUCAUUACUUUGUCAUGUAAAAUUUUGAGAAGUUAUUGCUAAUGGAAGAAACGAAAGUAAAUGACACAAUUAAUACCCCACCUCAAGAAGAGAAACCAGAGAAAACAAAAGAUGAGGAAAUAUUAGAGCUUGCCAAAAAGGAACUUAUGCGAGAUGUCAAAUGUGCCUCCAUUAGAGCUGAACAAUAUGGUGCUCAUAGUUGGGCAAAACCUCCAAAUUAUCGUCCCAGCCAAAGAUUCUUAAAACAUAUGUUAAUGAGUAACUCUAAUCAUAAUGAACGCAGAGAGAAAAGACAACGAGACAUAACACAGAGUGACACAUUUAAAAGGCAUAGUGAUUAUAUUACGCAAGACUCAAAGAAAAAAAGAAGAAAUGACUUAAAUGAUAGAUCUCAUUCUAAGCAUAAACAUAAUGAUAAAAGAUAGUGAACUAACUUGAUAUGUCAUAUCACUAAGAUUUCGAUUUGUUAUAUAUUAUGAUUUAUGAUAAAUAUUCUGUUAUUUAUUUGAAAAUAAAACUUGUCAAGAAAACUAA